AUGUAUGCAUUACUUCGAAACGUCUUUGCCGUUUUUGCUGUAAUUUUCAUCCUGUUCCGUACCGUUACCGCAUUCCAGAAGGCCCAGAACGAGAUCAGUACCCGCGCAACGUCUGCUCCCUGUGACCCGCGCCCAACUCCCGAUAAUCAUGAAAUCAACAUAAUUAUGGAGCGCAGCUCGGCUUAUCUUUUCCAUGAUGAAGGUGAACCAAAUAUCUCUGUGAAAAUAAUGUACGGUGAUACUUUGGAUUCGAGAAACUGUUCGGUCCUGGCAUCCAAAGAGUUAGGAUAUUCUCGGACUUUGGAUACUUUUAUCUGCCCUAGUGCCAAGCAGAUGAGCCUUAACGACGAUGUUUUCGAUGGAAGAGUGGGGGUUCCUUUUUACCGCAUACACAUUGAAGUCAGUCGGAGUAACAGCCGACUAAACUCGCAGCGUGAUAUUCCGUCCAUUUGGCUAUCGAAUGGCUUGGAGCAGCCUUCCAACCUUAGCUCGCCAAGUUCACAUCCUGUACGCGCAUACUUACCUGCUUGGGUACUCCGCCCAGGGUAUCAUAUCGACGCAGAGGUGAAACUGAUUAGCAGAAGGUUGAUAAAGUCCUCCAUUCUACAGGAUGUUGUUUUAAACUCAAAGCCCACCUAUACCUCGAUUUCAUUAUACCCAAUAUCCGAGGUGGGACUCUUCAAUAACGCCAACGCCAACACUGCCUCAGCCGAGCUACGCGUCACGCUCAGACCAGGCUACAUGUAUUUUGGAGCUCCGAAAGACUUGCGGAACCUUGAUUAUCCAUCAGCCCGACUGCAGUUAUGUGAUUAUCUCGAUGAUUACCGAUCUGGUACCAUACUUGAGGUGACCUUUACUUUGGGGGCUUUUUGCUCCAGGAGAUUCAAGAGCCGUCUCAAGGAUGAAUACCACAGUCGAUCCAGCAAUAAAAACGCAGAGCCAAUCAACAUGGUCAAAUUCCUACGAGACUUUGUGAUUGAUUUUGGACCAGCCGACUUUGAUCCGGAGUAUAGACCAUCACAGAUAUACGUGUCUCCUCAAUCAUCCUCUUCAUCAGUCGCGAAGGAAUGCAGGGACAAUGCACAAAUUCCCUUGAUGCAGAAGGUUACCACCCCAGUAGACUCGAAAGAAAUAGAAAAUUACGUUAGACUGGAUCUAAAGUAG